GUCAAAUAUUAUAUAGUUGGAAGGCAUAUAUUUAAGUCAACGAGUGAGAAACAUAUGCAACUAAUAACUGCACCAAGCGGUGUUAAUUAAGAGUGAUUGGCCGGCAGUUCACUUCUACCAAGAGAUGGCGAGUGAGCAUAAAAGCAGCGAGAAGAAACUGGCCGGAAAAGUGGCGAUCAUCACCGGCGGAGCCAGUGGUUUGGGGGAGGCCACGGCCCGCCUCUUCGCGGAGCAGGGCGCCACGGUGGUGAUCGCCGACGUUCAAGAAGAGAAGGGGCGGCAAGUGGCGGAAUCAAUGGGGUCAUUUCAUCACUUCGUGAAGUGCGACGUGAGCGACGAGCGACAAGUGGAAUCCCUCGUGAAAGCCACCGUGGAGGCUCACGGCCAAGUCCACGUGGCGGUGUGCUGCGCGGGGGUGAUAUCCGCGCAGGACCAGGACAUCCUCAACCUCGACCUCGGCGCGUCCGACAGCCUCUUCGCCGUGAACGUGCGCGGGACGGCGGCGACGGUGAAGCACGCGGGGCGCGCGAUGGUGGACGGCGGCGUGAAGGGGAGCGUGGUCUGCACCGCCAGCGUGACGGCCACGCUCGGGACGGCGUUGAAGAUCGACUACGCGAUGUCGAAGCACGCGGUGUUGGGGCUGGUCCGGUCGGCCAGCAUCGGGCUGGGGAAGCAUGGGAUUCGGGUGAAUUGCGUGUCGCCGUCGGCGGUGGCGACGCCGUUGCUGUGCGCGUCGAUGAACUUGCGGGAAGAGGAGAUCGCCGAGGUUUUCGAGCCGUUUAAUGUGCUGAAAAAUGGGGAGUUUCUGAAGCCCAAAAAUGUAGCAGAUGCAGUGUUGUUCUUGGCUUGUGACGAUUCGAAGUUCGUGACGGGCCAUAAUUUGGUGGUGGACGCCGGUUUCCACCCCAAUCAUUGACCCAUCUCCGAUCCAAUUAUUGUUAAAUAAGUAAUUAAUCUUGUUUUAUGUAUGUAUGUGUGGGAUAAGUCCAGCCCUACCUGGUAGGUGAUUAGGUGAUUGUUGUCAAGAGAAUUGAUGUGAGGAAAUAAAGUUAUAUUUUUGCUACUAGU